AUACAAAUAACCAUAUAUAAUAGUUGUAAUGAACAAUUUAAUACUCGUAUUUUAGAAAGUUUAGUUUAGAUUUUAUGUAAAGCAAAUCUCAUUAUUUAGAUACAAUGAUCCUUCAUUAUGGUAAGAAUUUUUUUUUUAUUUUUUUAGAAGCAAAUACUUUUGGAGGGAAAGUACUCAAUAUAAUGCUGCCAAGUGUCAUCUUAGGUUCGCCUUUAGUUAUAUGUAAAUGUAAUAGAUUAUUCUCACAUAUUAAGCCACAAAUACUAUGGUUCAUAGUUCUAAACAUGAACUGAAUACUAACAGAUUUAAGGCGUGAAUACUAGUAGAUAUGUUGGGACACAAAACUCAAAUAAACCAAAUUGACCAAAUCGUGAAAUCGAAUAUCUUUAUAUAAUUUGAUUUAAGUUUAAUCUCACUCAUUUUUUAUUUCGGACCGACUUUUAAAUAGUUGUAAAUAUGUAUAAACAAUGUAAAGGACAAAAAUAAACUUCCAAUUCAAAUGCAAACUACUGAUAAAAUAUUGGAGUAGUAAAAAAAAUCAAUUGAAAAUACCAAGCUCAUCAAAUUUAUACACUCAAAAGACAAAUAUUUUACCUUAAGUUUACCUCACCCAUCUAAUAAUUUAACGUUACGUUACAUUACCUCAGACUAUCCCUUACCCAUUUACCCCCCUUACAAACUAGCCCUGCCUUCCUCUGCUCCCAUCUAAAAGAUUUCUCUUCUUACCAAAUUUUUACUCGUUUUCUUUAUUUUUUAAAUAUAUUAAAAUAAUUAAUAAAAAAUAUAAAAUAAAUAAAAAAAUCAUAGUGUAUUAUGCUGACAUUUUUGAGAUAUUGUUUCAGCUUUAUCGAUCUUUGCUAAAAUCUCCUCCCUUUCUUUCUCUCAUUUUCCCCUCAUCCAAAAACUUAAAAAAUUAAGAAAUUAAAUAAAUAAAUUCAAGAAAAUAAAUAAAUUUAACAAAAAUACAAAAAAUUAAAAUAUAAAAAAGGAGCUCAUAUUUUUCUUCACUGACAGAUAGGAAUACCCUCUGCAAAUUUCCUAACACACGCACGCAUACUCCCUUUCUCUCUCUUCAUGUCAUACAUCAUUACCUAAAGCCAACGGAAAUCAUAAAUGUGCACACAUAAAAUUUAAAUAAAUAAAAAUUCACAAUAAUAACAAAAUAAACAAAUACUCUAAAAUAAAAAUAUUAGAGAAAUAAAAAAAGAAAAGAAAAAACAGGACAGGACAGAACAGAAAAAACCACAGUAUAUUGGGUUUCGGGCCCCUACCAUACCACAACUCUUUCUUUUUAACACCCCUUCAAAUUCUCUCAAUUCUUACUUCAAUUUUUCUCAUUUUUGAGCUCUUUUAUUUAUUUUAUGUUAUAAAAACUUUGGGUUAUUUUUAUUUUUGGUUUGUGGGUUGUUUGAAGAUGGACCAACCUUUUUUUCUUCAUUUUGAUAAUAGUGAGUCGAAUUUACCACCUGGGUUUAGGUUUCAUCCUACUGAUGAAGAACUUAUUUCUUAUUAUCUGCUUAAGAAAGUUCUUGAUGGUAAUUUUAGUGGUAGAGCUAUUGCUGAAGUUGAUCUUAACAAGUGUGAGCCUUGGGAACUUCCUGAGAAGGCAAAAAUGGGGGAGAAGGAGUGGUACUUCUUCAGCUUAAGAGACAGGAAAUAUCCAACGGGGUUACGGACUAACCGGGCAACCGAAGCUGGAUAUUGGAAGGCAACCGGAAAAGACCGGGAAAUUUACAGUUCCAAAACAAGUGCAUUGGUUGGAAUGAAGAAAACUUUGGUGUUUUACCGGGGAAGAGCUCCUAAGGGUGAGAAAAGCAACUGGGUUAUGCAUGAGUACCGCCUCGAAGGCAAAUUUUCUUACCACUACCUCUCCCGCAGCUCUAAGGAUGAGUGGGUGAUCUCAAGGGUGUUUCAAAAGAUCGGUAAUGGAAUCGGUACAACAAGCACCGGCACCACCAACACCGGAGGCGGAAAGAAAACUCGAGGCAGCGGAAUCAUGAGUGGCCUCUACAACUACAAUAGUACUAUCAAUGAUGUAUGCAGCUCACCUUCCUCAGCUUCAAUCUCAAUCUCUCAGCAGCUUCCACCACUCCUAGACUCUUCCCCUUACGGUGGAGCCAUGAAUGAGGCUUGCUCCUACAACGAUGGGAGCGAGUCCAACAACACCAACAACAAUCCAAUCAAGAAAGAGCACGUGUCCUGUUUCUCCAGCAACACCAACAGCAUAAAUAUAAACACUAGCACUAAUAAUAUUAGCAACUUUAACCCUUUUGAGCUCACAUUUGCACCCCCACCACCAAUGAUGAGCACUCCACCUCCUAGGAGUAGUAGUAGUAGUAACUCAUUCACCUUAUCCGGCGUAGGGUUACCGGUUUUCCCUAGCCUAAGGUCCCUACAGGACAACCUCCACCUCCCGUGGGUCGGUGGGGGAACACCGAUCCAAAGCGGGAGUACCACGGGUGGAUGUGAAUUAGAUGUGAUGAUGGGAGGUACUAAUGCAACAACUUGGGGUGGCGGCAAUGGCGGUGGCGGUGUCGGGUUUGAUCAUUACAUUGGUGGUGGAAGGGUGGGAAUAGGUGGUGGUGGGAGUGAGCUUGACUGCAUGUGGAGUUACUGAUAAUGACAAGGCUAAUCAGUCUGCAUGGCGUUCUUGCAUUGCUUGUCUGAGUGGGUUUGACUUUUGGGCCUUUAGCUUUAGCUAGCUAUUCUAUGUGUGUGUUAAUCAGAGUUUGAUGUGAGUAGGGUUAUGGUAUGGUAUGUUAUCUAGGUUGUUUGGUACUAUGAGUUAGUUUCUACUACUUGUUUUUAUUUUUAUUUAUUGUUGUUGUAAGUUUAUGUGUGUAUUUCUUUUUAAUUAGGGUAAAAAAAGAAAAAACCUUGUCUCUAGCUAGUGUGGCUAUUGUUGUUGUAUGAUUGUGUUAUGUACUUUGUGGAAUCUUUGUUUUGUACUAUAUUAUUAAAUUUAUGUGGUGUUAGAUUGUGGUAUUAAUUAAGUAUCUUGUGCUUGGUGUUGAUAGAUUAUUAUUUUCUUAAGUCUACAUUAUAUAUAUGGAUUAAUUGUGUGGUGUUGAAAUUUUAUUUUAGUACUUCGAUUUCUGUAA